UGUCUCCUCGCUAAUUUCUCAAUUUAAUAAAAACAACCCUAAAAAGAAAAAAAAAAAAACCCCUUAUCUCUAUCUUCUGCUCAUGAUCCAGAUUCGAUUUUGAAUCCAAAAGCUUUGCCAUGGAACGUAUCAUCGGCGGCAAGUACAAGCUCGGAAGAAAGAUCGGCGGUGGUUCUUUCGGCGAGAUUUUUCUUGCUACGCACGUCGAUACUUUCGAGAUCGUUGCUGUUAAGAUCGAGAACAGUAAAACAAAGCAUCCUCAACUUCUCUAUGAAGCUAAGCUUUACAGAAUCCUUGAAGGAGGAAGUGGGAUCCCGCGCAUAAAAUGGUUUGGAGUGGAUGGAACAGAGAAUGCUUUAGUGAUGGAUUUGUUAGGGCCGAGUCUCGAAGAUCUGUUCGUGUAUUGUGGGAGGAAGUUCUCACCAAAGACGGUUUUGCUGUUGGCUGAUCAAAUGCUAACAAGAAUAGAAUAUGUCCACUCCAAAGGAUAUCUUCAUAGAGAUAUAAAACCAGAUAACUUUCUAAUGGGACUUGGCCGGAAAGCGAAUCAGGUUUAUCUAAUUGACUUUGGACUUGCCAAAAGAUAUCGUGAUGCCAACACCAACCGCCACAUCCCUUACAGGGAAAACAAGAACUUAACAGGAACUGCACGAUAUGCAAGUUGCAAUACACAUCUUGGAAUUGAGCAAAGUCGACGGGAUGACCUGGAAUCGUUGGGAUAUGUGCUUUUGUAUUUCCUAAGAGGAAGUCUUCCAUGGCAGGGUCUUAAGGCUGUUGAUAAGAAGCAAAAGUAUGAUAAAAUCUGUGAGAAGAAGAUAUCAACUCCUAUUGAGGUUUUAUGCAAAGGUCACCCUGUGGAGUUUGCUUCAUAUUUUCAUUACUGCCACACACUGACAUUUGAUCAGCGCCCUGAUUAUGGGUUCUUGAAGCGGCUCUUUCGUGACUUGUUUUCACGAGAAGGAUAUGAAUUCGACUAUAUAUUUGACUGGACUAUAAUAAAGUAUCAACAAGCACAGAAAUCUAGAAAUCAGUCUCAGGCAGUUCCCGGUUCUAGCAGCGCUCGUGCAAUGCCAGUGGACACCACCAACCAUCGGGGAGGACCAAAUAUUUCUUAUGAAGCCGAGGCCUCUGAACGUGUCAGAUCGACUAAUGCCAUUGGUCCAAGCCCGCAGAUAAAUAAUAAUACUGCUAUAGGGAGGAAUGUGGGUUUUGAUCACCCCGUCCACAAGAAUAUGAACAUGCCAUCCACUUCACUAUCUCCUGCCGGUACCUCAAAAAGAAAUGUCGGACCUGAAACUUCAAAUUCUGGGUAUGGAAGUGGGAAUAGAACAGGCGGCUGGACUUCCUCUUUCAUGUCUCCAGAGAAAUGAUGCAAAGAAAAAUGUAGCUUUAUUCUGAAAUGGUGAGUUGAGAUUAAGCACAAUGAAUUUGAGUCACACCCUUAUCGCACCUCUGCAACUACAGCAGAAAUCAGAAGUUGGUGUCACUAACACCUUUGUAUCUCCACCUUUGGGUGGAAGAAAAGUGCAAAUGCUUUGUAUGUAUAUUCCCUGAACUUUGUGGACAAGAAGGCGUUCGCUGAAGCAUUUUAUGUUACACACACAAGGCAUGAAGUGUAUGUUUGCUUUUCAUUCAAGAUUUUCCCCAACCUUUUGUAUAAUUCUUACACCGGAUGUGUAAUCUUGUUAUGUGAUCCAUAUAUAUCAUUUUUUUUAGAUACUCUGUGCUAUGUGAUUUAAUAAUAACCUUGUGCUGCA